CGCUGCGGAGGCUGCGCUCGGUCCCGGCAGCAGCAGACGACAGCUAAGCAUUUCCUGAUCACACUCAGCCCGGGCGGAGGACAGUGUUCACCCGUGGAGGAAGUCUCAGAGAACAUCUGCAGGACGACAGACGCCCAUCAAGAGAUCCAGAUGGAAGCUGCUGCACAGAUCCCAGCAGGACGAACCACCCGAGGAGGCGGAGUCCACGUAGAGAUCAUUCAGGGAACCAUUGAAACCCAACAGGUUGAUGCUCUGGUGUCACCAAUGAUCGGCUACGAUCCUCAAACGACAGGGAUUGGAAACACUUUACACCAGCGGGUUGGGCCACAGCUGACGGCAGCAUUUAAAGCAGCAGCAGGCUCUGAAGUGAUGUUGGGCGUCCCCGUGCUGGUGGAGAACUUACCUGGACUCCCUUCACAUGCAGUGUUCUUCCUCAGUCUUUGUCCCUGGAACGGAGAUCCAGAUGGGGCUCCAGUUGAAGUUCUUAAAAUGGGCAUCGAUUCGAUCCUGACGUCAUGUGACAGCAGAGGGUUUGGAUCUGUGGUGUUUCCUCCAAUUGGAGCUGGACUGAGGUUGUCUUUUCCCAUCGCUGUCGUAGCCAGUGUUUUACUGGAAAGACUUUAUACAUUCCAACAACAAAGAACCAGCAGCAGACCCCUGACGGUCCGCAUUGUCAUCCACCCAGACGACCACGUGUCCAGUCAGGUCUUCAAGUCUGCUCAAGAGGAGAUUCGUCCAAACCAGGUUCAAGAUCAACAGUCGGUGCUGCAGCGGACGCAGCACGUCCUACAGCUUAAGGAAGAGAGUCUGACAUUGACUGUCAAGGAAAGUCUGGACCCUCAAACAUCUGAACACACCUCCUCCUCCACCUCCUCCUCCUCCACCUCCUCCACCCGUCCUGCCCAGACCCCAAAGGUGAUUCCUCGAUCUCCUCCACCCCCAAGUGGUGAAAACUAUGAAUUACAUCCUGAUGGUUCCCUGAGGGAAAGUCUGCAGGCUUCUGCCUGCUCUGCUCCAUUUGACCCAGCAGAACAGGUUUCAGUCAAGAGUCCAGCUGUGGAGGAAGUUGACUCUUCACUUGAAUCCUUCAGCUUUCGUCAGGCCAAAAAUGAGUUUUCCCAGGUGAACUCCGUGGUAGAAGAGGAAGAGGACAGGUCUUCUUUGAGGGACAGUUUGGCCUCUGGAAACAGAACCUUGACCACAAACAGCCCAUCAAGUGGUGCAGAGGUCCAGAUGGAAGCUGCUGCACAGAUCCCAGCAGGACGAACCACCCGAGGAGGCGGAAUCCACGUAGAGAUCAUUCAGGGAACCAUUGAAACCCAACAGGUUGAUGCACUGGUAUCACCAAUGAUCGGCUACAAUCCUCAAACUUCAAGGAUUGGAAACACUUUACACCAGCGGGUUGGGCCACAGCUGACGGCAGCAUUUGAAGCAGCAGCAGGCUCUGAAGUGAUGGUGGGCGUCCCCGUGCUGGUGGAGAACUUACCUGGACUCCCUUCACAUGCAGUGUUCUUCCUCAGUCUUUGUCCCUGGAACGGAGAUCCAGAUGGGGCUGCAGUUGAAGUUCUUAAAAUGGGCAUCGAUUCAAUCCUGACGACAUGUGACAGCAGAGGGUUUGGAUCCGUGGUGUUUCCUGUACUCGGAGCUGGACUGAUGUUGCCUUUUCCCAUCGCUGUCGUAGCCAAGGUUUUACUGGAAGGAAUUUAUACCUUCCAACAACAAAGAACCAGCAGCAGACCCCUGACGGUCCGCAUUGUCAUCCACCCAGACGACCACGUGUCCAGUGAGGUCUUCAGGUCUGCUCAGGAGGAGAUUCAUCGGAACCAGGUUCAAGGUCAAGAGUCAAAGCGGAUCGUCCUGCUGGGAAAAACUGGCAGUGGGAAAAGCAGCCUCGCUAACAUCAUACUCGGAGAGGGCUUGUUCACUGUACAUCAUUCUUCUGUUUCUGGAACUGCCACAUGUCAAUCUGAAACCAGAGAUGUCAGUGACAGAAAGAUCACUUUGGUCGACACGCCUGGUUUGUUUGAUACAGAAAGGUCAGAGGAGGCUUUGAAGCCUGAGAUCAUGAAGUGCAUUACAGAGUGUGCUCCUGGAAUUCACGCCUUUCUCAUUGUGCUGAAAGUUGAGAGAUUCACAGAGCAGGAGCAAGCCGUCAUCAGCAGAAUAUGUGAGUAUUUCUCUGAAGACGCUCUGAAACAUGCCGUGGUCGUCUUCACUUUCGGCAACGAGCUCCCCGAAGGGAUGAAAAUCGAGAAGUUCAUCAGAGAGAAUCAAAAGCUGAGCGACCUGGUGAACAGGUGCGGCGGCCGGUGUCACGUCUUCGACAACAAAUACUGGAACGACAGGAGCAACCGCUUCCAGAGGGAAGAGUUACUGAAGACCAUCGACAAGCUAACGGUGGAAAGAAACGGCCAAUGCUACACCAACGACAUGCUGCAAGCUGUGGAGAGAGAAAUCCAGAGAGAGGAGGAGCAAAUCAGGCAGUCAUCUCCAGAAAACCUGCCACCAGAGGAGAUCAGAAACCAGGCCAAAAGCCUCGUGAAAAACAGACUGCUGAUCAAAUUGGCCGGAGUUACAACGGGGGCUUUGUUGGGAGCUUUUUUUGGCGUAGAGGCUCUGGUUAGGGUAGUUGCAAUGGCUGUGAGACAAAUAUCUAAAGCAGGAAUCCCCAUGAAGAUAGUCGGAGUGUUAACAGGAGUGUCUGGAGCAGCGAGUGCAACAGCGAGUGCAGCAGUAGCGGCAGUGGCGGGAGGGGAAGCAGCAGUAGCUGUUGGAGCAGUAGUGGGUGCAACUACAGUUGUUGCGUUUGCAGCAGGAGGCGUCAUGGGCGGUGUUAUUGGACAUGAAGCAGCUCAGGAAGCAGAAACAGUGCAGGAUGCAGUGAAAAAUGCAGCAAAAGCUUUAAAAGAAAAAAGAAGAAGUUUAAGGCUGCUUUAAAAAGACAUUUCAGUCACUCACAAAAAAAAUAGUUAAUUAUGGGGUAAUACGCCUCUAACAGACAGCAGCUAGCUUAAAAUGCAGCAGUCAUAGAUAAGUGUGUGUUUUAAUGAUGUGUGUUUGAUUAUGAGAUGUAAAAUGAUCCCACUGUUUAAUGAAGUCGGUACACUUGAGGGCACAGCAGUAAACUACAUUUUGACUUGUUAUCAACAUGUUAGAGUCCCUGGAAACAGAUUCCUAAAUUUUAAAAAAGGUGUGCAUGAACACUGUGAAUGAAGUGAACCACAAGUUGAAGCAGCGGACAACCUGAAACCUAACGGUGUCAACGUGUGGUUGUUGUACAGUUGAAGUAAAUUGUUAAAAUCACCCAUUAAGGCUUAGGUGAGUCUGACAGAGCAUUUAAUUGUUCUAGAUGCUCUGUCAGACUCAGCUAAGUCUUAAUAAAUGAUUAACGCUGUUAGGACACCCAGCAGUGGUGUGACGUUCAGUGAACGAGUCGUUCAUUUGAACGGAUCUUUUAAGUGAAAGAGAGCCAGUUCUCGGCUGUCUGAGAGCCGUUCCUAUGUCCAAACUGUCCCGGCGUCCUUCACGUGUCUCCUGUGUGCCUGAUGAGUCCGAGCUGUCAGCGCUGCCUUCAUGUGAGCGACUGACCACGUCUCCGAGUUUCAGUUUUCCACAGCACGCUCCAGUCAGGACUGAGAAGCGGUCUCAACCCAUUCUGGACCAUGUUGGUGUACCGGUGACCUGCCGCUCAAGCGAGGAGGAGAAGGAUGGCACCGCUUCUGGGGAUGAUAAAAUAUUUGUUAAGACCCCAGUGGCUUGCUGCAGGACACCAGAGUCCUCUCCAUCUGCCACGAUGACUAUGACCUGAACAGGACCCACCCACUGGAGCUUCUCAGCCAAUCACAGCACAAUAAAUGAUGAACUUCCUUUUCCACUAUACUCACUCACACACAUCCCUACAUACAUACUUCUCUUACAUGCAUAUAUUUUCUUUGUACAGAUGUGUGAUUCUCACAAAACAUGUGUUUUGUUGAGAUUAUUACUUUUUGUUUCUUUUCCUCCCAUUACAAUGGUAUUUUACUUUAUUCUGAUGGAUUCCUGAUGAGAGACAGAAUGAAGUGUACAAUGAUAUGCUGUUCUCCAAAUGGACACAGGGGGGCAGCACCGUCCAGCAGAGUGAAGCCUCCUCAUCCAGAUGGAUGGAGGAUGAGCAGCAGUUGUCCUGAUUUCUCUGUAAUAUUUUCAACAUUUACAGGUCAGUUACCCACGGUGUAUGUGAUCACAGAUGUUUAUGAAGCAAUAUGUUUCCCCGGUGAUGUGUGCUUGUGCUUUAAUACCCAGCAGACAGAAUAACAGAAAAUCAAUCAUUAAUGCAGUUACAGAGUUAAGAUGAAGAUGUAAAUAAACAUAAUCCGGAUGGAUGGAGAAUGAGCAACAGUUGUCCAGCGUCGCUGAUUUCUCUGUAAUAUUUUCAACAUUUCCAGAGCGCUCCUUUCUAAGGAUUAUCCAUAUAUCUGCCAGCGGGGACUGAGCUGGG